AUGCAGAGUCUGGGGCGCGAGCUGGGCAGCCCGCCGGCGGACGGCAUCUCGAACGUGCGCUUCUCCAACCACUCGGACCACCUCCUCGUCGCCUCCUGGGACUCCAACCUGCGGCUGUACGAUGCGGGCGCCAACACGCUGAGAGGCACGUUUCCCCGCCGUGGCCCGGUGCUGGACUGCUGCUUCCACGACGACAGCUCUGGCUUCGCUGGCAGCGUUGAUCAGUCCGUGGUGCGGUACGACUUCAAUGUGGGGAGGGAGGACGUGCUGGGGCACCACCAGGGGGCUGUCAAGUGCGUUGAGUACUCGCAUGCCACGGGCCAGCUGAUAACGGGCGGCUGGGAUCGCACGGUGAGGUGCUGGGACCCCCGUGCCCCCGCCUCCCACCUGCGCCUGACAGUAACAGCAGAGCAGCCCGAGCGCUGCUACUCCAUGUCCCUCGCCGCGCACCGCCUGGUGGUGGCCAUGGGGGGGCGCCACGUGUCCAUCUAUGAUUUGCGCAACAUGUCGCAGCCGGAGCAGCGCCGGGAAUCUUCACUGAAGUUUCAGACGCGGAGUGUGCGGUGCUACCCCACGGGCACGGGGUAUGCACUGGCGUCCGUGGAGGGGCGCGUCGCCAUGGAAUUCUUCGACCCCUCUGAGACUGCCCAGGCCAAGAAGUAUGCGUUCAAGUGUCAUCGGAGGUCAGAGGGAGGGAGGGACACGGUCUUCCCAGUCAACGCCAUCGCCUUCCAUCCAAUCUACGGCACGUUUGCCACAGGAGGCUGUGACGGGGUGGUCAAUAUUUGGGACGGCAACAACAAGAAGCGCCUCUACCAGUACGCCAAGUACCCCACGAGCAUCGCAGCGCUCUCCUUCUCACGGGACGGUCGCCUGCUGGCCGUGGCAGCCAGCUACACCUUCGAGAUGGGCGACAUCCCGCACGAGAGGGACGCCAUUCACAUUCGCAACGUCAACGACGCCGAGGUCAAGCCCAAGCCAAAGGCCUACAGCACUGCCACGUAG